AUGGCCAACAGAGAUAGAGAUUCAAGUUAUAAAGAGGAUGUUUCGUCACCAAAUAAUAAAGAUGACUCUUCGCAAAGCACUCAAUAUUCGUUAAACCAAGACGACUCUUCACAGAGCACUGAACAUACACCAAAUCAAGUUGACAAUCCCGACACUCUUUACGAAAUAGUCUCAACUUCAGGCAUUUCAUCACAUUCGGUCACCCCGUCAUCAUCAAAGAAGAAAAAAGGCGAUGAAUUAUCAAUUUUAAUACAAAAACAUAUGAAAAAUCAAGAUUUUCGAAAAGAAAGGCAAGAAUUAAAAGAACUUUUAAAACCAACGGACUGCGAUGAUACUGAUCAUUUUUUUCUUUCAAUGGCGAAAACAUUUAAAAAAUUACAAAAUUACAUGCAAGUUCCUUUAAAAAGGAAACUUUUUAAUAUGAUUAGCGAAGCCGAAGAAUCUUACGUGCUGUAA